AUGAACCAGCCGCGCAUACCCGCCUCGAUCGAGGUCGCUCCCAAACAGGCCAUCGAAUCGGCCGACCUGCCCGGCCUGUUUCCGCCCGGCACGCGCGUCUACAUCACCGAUGUCGGCUCCGACCCCUCUCCCACGCUCGUCCGCGCGGCACGGCGCGUGCGCGAGCUUGGAUACGAGCCGGUGCCGCAUUUCGCAUCGCGCCGGCUGACCACCCGCACCGCGCUCGAUGAGCGCGUCAGGGCGACCGUUGCCGAAGCGGGCGUCACCGACAUUCUGGUGAUCGGCGGCGGCCUGGAAAGACCUGCAGGCGCCUUCACCUCGACGAUGGAAGUGCUGGAGACCGGCAUUUUCGACGCCAACGGCAUCACCGAUAUCGGCAUAGCCGGCCAUCCCGAAGGAUCGCCCGAUUUCAACGAACAGGUGGCGCUGGAAGCGCUGCGCCUGAAGAAGAAUUUCGGCGAGCGCACCGGCGCGCGGAUGCGCAUCGUCACCCAGUUCGGCUUCGAUGGCGAGAGAUUUGCGCGCUGGGCCAACGGCUUGCGUGACAAUGGCAUCGACAUGCCGGUGCAUCUGGGCGUCGCCGGGCCGGCCAAGGUGACAACGCUGAUCAAGUUCGCCGCCAUGUGCGGCGUCGGCAAUUCGCUGAGCUUCUUCAAGCGCAACACGCGCUCGAUCGCCACGCUGGCCACCUCCCAUUCGCCCGAAAGCGUCGUCGGCCCGAUCGAACAGGCCUGGCGCGACAAUCCCACCGGCGCCAUCCGCCAGAUCCACGAAACCAUCAUCGGCUUCGACCAGCCCUUUUGCGUGAUCGGCGAGCGGAUCAAUCCGACCGGCCGCAAGGUGCUCAAUGAGGAGCUGGAGCGCGACGACUUUUCGCGCGUGGAAGCCGAUGCGAUUGCGCAGGUGGCAGCGGGUGCGACCGUGCUCGACAUCAAUUCCGGCGCGGUCUUCUCGGGCAAGAUGGCCGAGGACCCGCGCUACGCCGACAACAAUUUCGUCGAACCGAUGCUGAUGCCCAAGCUCAUCGAGGUCGUCCAGAACGUCACCGACUGCCCCUUGUGCAUCGAUUCCUCGGUGCCCGGCGCGCUGGAAAACGGUCUGAAGGCCGCCAAGGGCCGCCCGCUUCUCAAUUCGGUCACCGGCGAGGAAGAGCGGCUGGAACUCGUCCUGCCGCUGGUCAAGAAAUACGAUGUGCCGGUCGUUGCGAUCUCCAACGACGACACCGGCAUUUCCGAGGACCCGGACGUGCGCUUCGCCGUUGCCAAGAAAAUCGUCGAGCGCGCCGCCGAUUACGGCAUUCCUGCCCACGACAUCGUCGUCGACCCGCUCGUUAUGCCGAUCGGCGCCAUGGCGACCGCCGGCCAUCAGGUGUUCACGCUGGUGCGCCGCCUGCGCGAGGAACUGGGCGUCAACACCACCUGCGGCGCGUCCAACAUCUCGUUCGGUCUUCCCAACCGGCACGGCAUCAACAAUGCGUUCCUGCCCAUGGCGUUCGCCGCCGGCAUGACCAGCGCGAUCAUGAACCCCGUCGCGCUGCCGGUCGGCCCGACGAAAAUCGCCGAAAAGCGGGCCGAAGUCGAAGCCGCCGGCAUCGUUCUGCCGCCGGACAUGGACGACGAAACCUUUGUCCGGCUGUUCGGCCUCGGCUCGACCAAGCCCCGCCCGGGCAAGGAGAUGGAGGCCAUCCGCGCCGCCAACUUCCUGCUCAAUCACGAUGAUGGCGGCGGCGACUGGAUCAAGUUCAACAAGCCCGCCUCCGCCUCGGCAGCCAACACCAAUGCCCGCGCCGGCGGCCGUCGUGGUGGCCGUGCUGCACGUGCGCGGGGGUGA